ACAUAAACACCACAGUGCUGCUGUUGCUAGUGUUUAUCUUCAGGUAGACAUGGGCGUGGUUUGUUGACUCGAAGGAGCCAGCGCCCUGAGUCGAGCACGCGCACCUCAAAUUCCUUCUUCUCUAGAACCUGAACUUCAAUUUUUUUAACGACAGUGUAACCUAAUAAGGUACAAAAUGUCACCCUUUAAGUAAGCGUUAAAGUAGGCUCGCUGUAGCAAGAAGCGCGAGAGCAGGGCUCCAGAACCGCACUCGCAGUCAAGCUCUGUGUGUGUGUGUGUGUAAGUGUAAGUAACUCUGAGCGCACGCGAGGCAGGUCAGAUAUCAAUGAAUCGAGCGCGCGCGCCGUGACGACUACACCGACUCCACUCCCGAAGGAAGCCGUAAAAAAACAGACCCAGCGCUUUCCGGAAGUUUACCAACACCUGCGACGACGCUUGUAGAAACAUGGAAACAGUUGGCUUUUCGCGGAGGGUGUCGAUACAGCACAAAGCAGAGUGAGGAAGCGGACUUCAGACAAUACUCAGUUCACCAGGUAGUUUUUAACGUUCAGGGGGGUGUUUCCUGAAAGAUUUGGUGUCAUCCAUCAGGAGCAGUACGCUUGGCAAGGUCUGUUUGAGUGUAGAAGAUGACUUCGCCAUGGUGUACACUUGGAAACAAAAUCACCUCUCUGGGUCUGGUUGACCUCUCCAAGCGCACACAUAUGUCAAACUCUGGCAUAUCUUGUGUAGUGAUAUUCCCUGACAGCACAACACACACUUUCACAGUCAGUAAACAUGAUGCUGGGCUUUUGUUAUUCGACCUUGCUUUUGAACACCUGGGCAUAAUAGAGAAGCAGUACUUCGGUCUCCAGAUCACUGAAGACACCUCUAGUUCACCUAGGUGGCUGGAUCCCAGCAAACCUUUCAAAAAGCAGCUUAAAGGUUCUGCCCCAUUCUAUUUAAUAUUUCGAGUGCGAUUCUUCAUCUCUGACCCUAACUCUCUUCAGCAUGAACAGACCAGGCACUUUUAUUUUUUGCAAAUUAAGAAAGACAUUCGGGAGGGCAGGUUAAAGUGUCCACUAAGCUCUGCUGUGGUGCUGGCAUCCUAUGCUGUUCAGUCUGAAUUUGGAGACCAUGUUCCUGAAACCCCUCCUGGAUAUCUUGGCCAUGUCCACUUUAUUCCUGAUCAGGACAAGGACUUCCUUUUUAAAGUGGAGUCAUUGCAUCCUCAGCACAAAGGCCUGUCUCAGAGUGAGGCAGAGUUGUGUUAUCUGAACACAGCUAGAACCUUAGAUCUCUAUGGAGUAGAGCUUCAUAGUGCACGGGAUGCUAGUAACCCAUCUCUCUGGGUUGGGAUUGCAUCAGGAGGCGUGGCUAUGUUUUGCAAUAUGGUUUGUUCCAAUUUCUUUCCUUGGAUCAAUAUAAUCAAGAUUUCAUUCAAAAGAAAGAGAUUCUUCAUCCACCUUCGGCAGAAGCAUGGGGAGGUUGGACAACAAGUGGUGUCCCUGUCCAUGCCCAGCUCUCGUUCCUGUAAAAACCUUUGGCGAUCCUGCGUGGACCAUCACACAUUCUACAACAGAAAAAACUCUCAUGCAGUCUCCAAAACUAGGUCUGUCCCUCUGUAUCGGAAACUAGUAGGUGAGGUGAUGUGGAAUCCUUUAAUAAAGUCUCUUUCCACUGAACAUCUGGAAACCAAAAGUCUCCCCUCAAGAUCUCCGCCCAGUACACCUAACUGGCGCAGCCCUCGUUUGCGUCAUGAUUUUCGUAAGCCACGUCCAUCUUCUGUAGACAAUCUUACCAACGACAUGAGUUAUGUGACUGAGAGUGAAGAUGUGUUCUAUACUUACAGGAAAGCUCAGGAAGAUGAGAAGCCCAGCAGUGUCCAGUCCCCACUUGACGACAACACUUUGGAUGAGGAAGACUGGCAAAGUCUCUGGGAUAAGGAUAUGGCAGCUGAUGGGGAGCUACUGCUAAUCAGAAUCAGCCCUGACAAAGAUGGCAAGUUUGGAUUCAAUGUCAAAGGAGGUGUGGAUCAGAAGAUGCCAUUGGCAAUCUCUCAUGUAAACCCUAAUUCUCCGGCUGGUCGCUGUGUGCCUGCAUUGCUGGAGGGAGAUCAAGUGCUUUUGAUAAAUGGGCGUGACAUUUCAGAGCACACACAUCAACAAGUGGUCAUGUUCAUCAAAGCCAGCAGAGAGUCCCACAGCAAGGAGCUUGCCCUACUUGUACGCAGAAAAGGCAUCUCUUUGCGAGCUGAAAACCCACUACAAUUUCCAGGCAGUUUUAACCUACAGGAAGAAAUUCCUCCAUCUCCUGGUCACCCAUCUGGAGAGACACUGCAAGAGUCGAUGUCCCGUCUGGAAAGGGGACUGACUUCUGGCACUUUGCUCAUGCAAUUUGAGAAGUUAUACAGGAAGAAAGCAGGACUGUUAAUGUCUUGUGCAAAGCUGUCUGAGAACAUGGAAAAGAAUCGGUACAAAGAUGUAUUACCGUAUGACAUCACCAGGGUGGUGUUACAGACGGAGGAGGAUAAUUACAUCAAUGCAAGUCAUGUGAAGACUGAGCCAGCAGGUACCACCUUACAGUAUAUGGCAGGACAGGGGCCAUUGCCCCACACAUGUACUCACUUCUGGAGGAGUGUAUGGGAGCAGGGAGUCAGUGUGAUCAUCAUGCUGACCACACUGACUGAGAGAGGACGGACCAAAUGCCACCAAUACUGGCCUCAUCCUCCUGAAGUGAAGGACUAUGACUACCUUCAAGUGUGCUGUCAUUCUGAAGAGUGUAACCUGGCCUAUGUCACCAGAGAGCUAACGCUCACACAUACUCAGCUGGGUGAACAGCGCUCCAUCACGCACCUACAGUAUGUGGCCUGGCCAGAUCAUGGGGUCCCAGAUGAGGCUUCAGACUUCUUGGACUUUGUCCAGGCUGUGAGAAGCAAACGAAGGGACACUGAGCCACUUAUGGUCCACUGCAGCGCUGGGAUUGGACGGACAGGUGUGCUCAUCACCAUGGAGACGGCCCUGAUCUUGAUGGAGGGGGCACAACCAGUGUAUCCUCUUGAGAUUGUUGCUUCGCUGAGGGAGCAAAGAGCCAUGAUGGUCCAAACCUCGUGCCAAUUCAGCUUUGUAUGUCAAGCCAUCCUGCAUGUGUACCGAGAGAGAUUCAAACACAGCCAAACUAGCAGCUGACAGGAGGAGGACAGGAGGAAUGGAUAUGAAUAUAGAUAUCAUAAAGAGAUAAAAGCCAAUUGGUUGUUAGGCAUGAUGGAUGAUAGGUUGUAAGAGGGAGAUUUAACCAUCUUCCAUCAGAUCGUCUGCUUUCACAGGGGCAGAGAUAAGGACUGAUGCAAAAGAAAAGCAGUAAAAAGUAAUGAAAAAUAAUUAAUAGAAAUAAGUAUAGUAAAGAAAAUUUGGGAUCAGCUCAAAUACACUAUUGCAUCUAACUGUUGUAGUGCUGCAGCUUCGAUUUGCAGGUCACAGUUCCAUCUGGAUCUGUUGCAUCACUGACAUGGAAUCAGCUCUCUCAUUUUGGGGUGGGAGGAAUUUUGAAAAUGAAAUUGUUUUCAUAGGGUUUAAAGAAUGUAAACUGACAUAUAAAAGAAAUUAUACACAUCUUUAACAAGAUUCAAAGUUUUAGUCCACUAGUUAAAGAUAAGUAUGCAGUAGUACUGCAUAGGAGUCAUCCAAGCACUUACUGACACUGAUGCACUGCCAUGCUGCUAAUAACCAAACAUUCCUCUCCACAAAAUUUUACAGUCAAGAGACCAAAAACACAAGACUAAUGGUGCUUUCAGAACUGUGUCUUCAUUCAUUCAUUCAUUCAUUGAUUCAUUCACUCAUAUUCUGUAACUGCAUCAUCCUGGUCGCAGUGUCGCAGGGGAUCUGGAGCCUCUCGUGGGAACACUGUGCAUGAGGUGGAUGAGGUGCUUGUCCAUCACUAUACACAUACGUUCACCCUUAAGGCAGUUUAGCCUAAUCCAUCCACCUUCUGGGAGGAGGGAAGAAACCGGACAACCUGGAGGAAACCAUGGACACAGGGAAAAGCUGCACCGAAACUUGUGUGGAUCUUAAGAAGACAAAAAGCACUUUGCCACUUUUAGAUCUGUAUAAUUCUAUAGAAUACACACAAAUACACAGUCUAAAUAGAAAUACUACUACAACAAUCAAUUAUCGAUUUAUUAAUAAAGAAAGAAAUAAAAUGUGA